GAGAGAGAGACGCGUGCUGCUGCACAUUGGUCGGGCCACUUUCCUGACGACACCAACAAUCGUCAACCUGUGGACAGAGAGCAGAGCGCGGCUGCUCUGCGGUCUCCUCCACUGCCACCCUCUCCCUCUCCAACACCGAGCCGAGCCGUGCCGUGGCACACUCCCUCACUCGGACAUCCAGGACGCAUGCACUGCCGGGGAGAGGGUGUCGGUUCGAUUUCCAAGCGGCGGAGAGGAGCCGAAAAGUUGAGGGGCUCGUGCGCCAUCCCCGCUUCAUGAAUGGCCGGAACAUGGAGGAGGUGCCAUUCGAAAGAGUCAAGACCCGGCGGCGGAAGGGUCACUGGCCGGCCGCUGCGCCUCUGGGCGCCAUCGCCUGCGAGGAUGAGUUCAACAGCCACGAGCUGGAGGUUCUGUUUCAGAGCUACAACCUGAAGCUGGAGCAGACCGCCACGCUCAAAGCGCUGGCCGUGCUCAUCGUGGCCGCGUCGUCGCUCUCCCUGGUGGAGCUGCUGUCCAGCCCGCGCCUCACCUUGUCCAAGGGCUCGUACCCGGUGCACUGCGUGGUCUUCCUGUCGCUCUUCAUCGUCACUAACGUCAAGUACCUGCAGGUGACGCAGCUGCAGCAGAUCGCGAAGCUGGCGCUACUCUUCAGCUUCACCUUUGCGCUGCUCUGCUGCCCGUUCCCGCUGGCGCUCGGCACGCCGGAGCCGGUGAGCGCCUCUGCACCGGAGCAAGGCGUAUGGCAGCUCAUGCUGGUCACCCUCGUGGCUUACGUGCUGCUGCCGGUGCGGACGCUCAUGGCCGUGCUGUUCGGGGUCAUGCUGGCCGCGUCCCACUUCAUUGUCAUCGCGACGUCGGUCACGGGGAGGAAGCAGAGGCUGUGGAGACCGCUGGUGGCCAACGCCGUGCUGUUCACCAGUGUCAACUUGUCGGGGGUGUUUGUGAGGAUUAUUACUGAGCGCGCCCAGAGGAAAGUCUUCCUGCAAGCCCGCAACUGCAUCGAGGAGAGGCUGAGGCUCGAAGACGAGAAUGAGAAACAGGAGCGUCUGCUAAUGAGUCUACUGCCGAGGAAUGUUGCCAUGGAGAUGAAGGAGGACUUUCUGAAGCCGCCUGAGAGGAUCUUUCACAAGAUCUACAUCCAGCGUCAUGACAAUGUCAGCAUCCUGUUUGCAGACAUCGUGGGCUUCACCAGCCUGGCCUCUCAGUGCACAGCUCAGGAACUGGUCAAACUGCUCAACGAACUCUUUGGAAAGUUUGACGAACUGGCAACAGAGAAUCACUGCAGGAGAAUCAAGAUCUUGGGCGACUGUUACUACUGUGUGUCAGGACUGACUCAACCUAAGGCUGACCACGCCCACUGCUGCGUGGAGAUGGGACUGGACAUGAUUGACACCAUUGCGUCGGUGGUGGAGGCGACGGAGGUGGAUCUGAACAUGCGCGUGGGCCUGCACACAGGACGUGUGCUGUGUGGCGUGCUGGGCCUCAGGAAGUGGCAGUAUGACGUGUGGUCAAACGAUGUCACACUCGCAAAUGUGAUGGAGGCCGGAGGGCUGCCUGGUAAGGUGCACAUCACACGGACGACACUGGAGUGUUUGAACGGAGACUACGAGGUGGAGCCGGGCUUCGGACACGAGAGACACGCCUUCCUGCAGAAGCAUCACAUCGAGACCUUCUUCAUCGUGCCGUCGCACAGACGCAAAAUUUUCCCCGGUCUCAUCCUGUCAGACAUCAAACCAGCGAAGAGGAUGAAGUUUAAGACGGUGUGUUACCUGCUGGUGCAGCUCAUGCACUGCAGGAAGAUGUUCAAGGCCGAGAUCCCCUUCUCCAACGUCAUGACCUGUGAGGACGACGACAAGCGGAGGGCCCUGCGGACCGCGUCGGAGAAGCUGAGGAAUCGGACGUCUAUCUCAGCCACCGCCCCACAGCUUUCCCCGGGAACGCGAGUCAACCGCUUCAUCGGGCGGCUCAUCGAAGCGCGGCAGACUGAGUCGGGAACAUCAGACCUCAACUACAUCACCCUGUUCUACAGGAGCAGAGACAAGGAGCGCAGGUAUCACCAGGUGUUCGACGACUAUUUCAUCAGUGCUGUCAUUCUGUCUCUGAUCCUGGCUGCUCUGUUUGGUCUCAUCUACCUGCUAAUGAUCCCGCAGGGGAUGCUGGUGCUGCUGCUGCUGGUGCUGUGCGUGUGUUUCCACGUGUCCUGUGUCAUGUACCUGCAUCUCACCAGUGUUCAGUGCCAGCCGGGCUGCCUCACCAUCCAGAUCCGAACAGUUCUGUGUGUGUUCCUCGUCCUGCUCACCUACUCUGUCACUCAGGCCUGUGUGGUGGGAUGCGUCCCUUGGGGAAAAGUGGGGACAAACUUUAACUGCUCAGCAGACGACGACGACGACGACAUCUUCGCGGACACUAACAACGUCACGAUGGUGGACAGAGCUUGUCCCAACAUGGCGUACGCGCUGCUGUCCUGUGUGGCCGGCACACUCACCAUUGUCCCCUACCUCAGAGUGUCCUCGCUUCCCAAGAUCCUGCUGCUCCUCCUCCUCUCUGUCACCUACACCGUUGUCAUGGAGUCCAGCGGCUAUCGCCAGGCUGUGGGUGGUGGGUUCCUCCAUGUGCGAGGUUAUGACCCCGUGUUGGCCGUCUUGUUGUUUUCUGGAGCUUUGGCGCUUCAUUCCAGACAACUGGACCUGAAACUGAGGCUGGAUUAUCUCUGGGCAACUCAGGCCGAGGAGGAGAGAGACGACAUGGAGAAGGUGAAGUUGGACAAUAAGAGGAUCCUGUUUAACCUGCUGCCGGCUCAUGUGGCUCAGCACUUCCUCAUGUCCAACCCCAGGAACAUGGACCUGUAUUACCAGUCCUACACUCAGGUGGGAGUUCUGUUCGCCUCCAUCGCAAACUUCAACGACUUCUACAUCGAGCUGGACGGAAACAACAUGGGCGUGGAGUGUCUGCGGCUCCUCAAUGAGAUCAUCGCAGACUUUGACGAGCUGAUGGAUAAAGAGUGUUACAGGGACAUCGAGAAGAUCAAGACGAUCGGCAGCACGUACAUGGCUGCAGUAGGGCUGGUUCCUACGACUGCCUCCAAGGCAAAGAAGUCCAUCACCACACAUUUAUGCACCGUGUCCGAUUUCGCCAUCGACAUGUUUGACAUCCUGGACGCCAUCAACUACCAGUCUUAUAACGACUUUGUCCUCAGAGUAGGUAUCAAUGUGGGCCCGGUGGUCGCAGGAGUGAUCGGAGCCAGGAGGCCUCAGUACGACAUCUGGGGAAACACGGUGAACGUCGCCAGCAGGAUGGACAGCACAGGAGUGCCAGGAAAGAUACAGGUGACAGAAGACGUUUAUCGUCUCAUCACAGACUACUAUGAUUUUGUCUGCCGCGGGCAGGUCAGCGUGAAGGGCAAAGGUCAGAUGCUCACAUACUUCCUGCAGGGACGCAGACAGGGGGGCGGAUGGCUGUCUCACGCCCAGCAGCGGCCGAGCAACGGCGAGCGGCGUGCGAGCGCGUUUGGCCACGGCAGCGUGUGCACCAAGCUGAGCCCCGCCCCCACCGUCGCCGCGUACUCCACCGUCAGGACGCCGAGUCUGUCCAAACCCACGGCCUCCACCAGCACCAGCACCAGGUACCUGCCCUCUGUCCCUACGGCAAUCAUGUGACGGACGCUGUCUCCAUGGUAACCGUGGAAAACAAGGAAAAAAACGACAGUGGCGGCGGAGGCGAUGUUCAGACUCUGCUCGUCCAAUCAAAGGCCUGAACUCGUGUCUGGACCACGUUUAGGACUGACCACAGGAGGUCCCCCCCCGCACACACACACACACACACUCCAGCACUGUUUGUGGCUUUGCAGCAUGGGCUGUCAUGAACAGGAUACAGGAUGCUCUUUAGCCAGGUUGCUCUGUAAUCAAUCAAAGGCCAAGGAAGUCUUCAGGAUUUCAGAGGCACUGUCCCCACCUGCCCCCCCCCCCCCAAAAAGAAAACUUAAAAACAGCAUCUUGAUCAGCAUCAAAAUAAAAACAAAUUCUCACGUAAGCCUCAAAACACACGCGGAAACUCCUCCGACCAAAUCAGAGCUGUUGCCUUAGCGACCGCUCCUCACAGCACGAGUUUCUCUUGCCAUUGUUUCCGUUGCCUUUUUUUUAAAAAACCUUUAUUGAUUCACUGGACAACAUUUCAGAGUCACUGACUCCAGGGGGCGCUGCUGUCCACCACACAACUGUUAAUGGCACAACUCCCUGAGCUCUCGCCGAUGCCACUGCUGUCCGUCCGUCCGUCUGUUUCCCUGUGAUGCUUGACUUCCAGAUUCUUCCUCGUCAGAGUGUAGCAAUAAAGCGGUUUUGUCUCUUAUCUCAGCCUCUCCUAACCCCGCCCCCUCUCCCCUGCAUGCUGUAGCCAUCUGGCUCCUUUUUUGACCUGAUAGUGUCUGUAGCCAAUAGAGUGUGCAGAGCUCGCCACACUAUUAUUAUGGUCUGUAUCUGUGUGAAGUGGAAGCAUGACCCCUGAUUUUCUGUAUUGUGCGAGUGUGAUUUCUUCCUCAUGGAGUUCUAUUUAAAAAAAGAAUAUUUUAUUUAUUGAGAUAUUUUAUUAUUAUUGUUGAAAUAUCCUGUUUCCACUAUUUUUCUGAACUUUACUUCCAGCUGCUUUCAUAGAGAAGAGUCAGCUGGUGAGGAGAAGGAACUAAACUCCCGAUGAUUUUCUUUUAUGGUAUAGCAUGUUACUACGAUGACAGCGUGGCUCGCACCGCAGCCAUUAACUCUCCUCUAAUCUGUUGUAGCAUGCACUGCCUGCGAGCCUGUGGCUGUUCCAUGCAUGCUGUGAUGAGACAUUAGCACAGGUCUUAAUAGUCGUUCUAAUGCAUGCGCUGAAGGUAGCAGUCAACUUGAAUGUAAGGUCCUUCUCUUUUUUAUUAUUAUUAUUUCUUUAUGGAACUUUGUCUUCUUCUUCUUGAGCUUGGUAUCUUCAGGAUCGUUUGACAUCAGGCUGGAGACUCCUCCUCCUCCUCCUCCUCCUCCUGCCCCUCCUCCUCCUCCUCCUGCCCCAACAGGUAGCCAGUUUAUUAAAAAUGUGCCAACCUAUUUUCAUAAACAUAUCAAAGUGUUGGUGUCAAAGCGCUGUAGCACGGCUGAAUGUGUGGAUUUCCUGAUGUUUCUGUCGAAUGCCUGCGUUUUUACUGUGUUCUUUAACCGUUUUGUAAGAAUUUCAAAGCAGCGGCGAGAGAUUUGUUUUGGACAAGUGAAACGAUGUUGUUCUUCUUCUUAUCGUCAUUUGAAAUAGAUUUGAAGUCUUACGGGAGCUUUAAGAUUUUUGUUUUUUAUAUAUAUUAUACUCUAAACAUUUAAUUAAACGUGGAUGGGACCGAGUUGUGUACAAUAUUUUUUUGGUGUAAAUUGGAUAUUUUCAUACUGUAUGAUACGGGUUUGAAUUGUCACAUGUAAUAGCUAUUGUACACUGAUUUUUUUUGUUUGUUGAAGAUGUAUUUAUGGAGAUGUUUUAUGUGAAUGUACAUUUUGUUAAAGACGAUAUUUUAUACUAUAAGUGUUUGCACUGCCAUGAUAUCGACGUGUUAUGAAAAUAAAGCCAGCGAGGAUGAUGUGUCUCCUGGGGAGAGUGCGCCCCUCCUUCCUGUGCUCUUUUUUUUAAACAGUAAACACGGAGAGAGAGCGUCCGUCAAACCUGGUCCCAGAGUUACGUAACUGUAGAAAAACAAGAGUAGCUGAUGUAAGAAGUCAGGAGCAACAUCAGGGUCAAUGUCAGCGGAGUCCAGCGGCGUUGUUUUGAUGGAACUGAACCAUGCCAGAAAAACAUGACGCCACAGUUUGUCAAAUGUUGUGAUAUUAA